AUGGCCUCAAUAUCUACCCCUACUACGUCUGCGCUUUCUCCCUCGCAACUCGUCCCCUCAACACACCCCUCCGUACAUAAACUUCUCUCCCGCCUCUCGCGCCCUUCUCUUCUAAAUCUCGCCCUCGACUGGCUGGACGAACGUAACCAAGUCAACACCGCUCCCUACCUUCUCGAAGCUGAUGAUUCCGCUUCCGACUAUGCGCAGGAUCUCUACCCACCUCAUUCCACACUUGACUCUCUCAGCGAACUUUAUACUUCAUUCACGGCACAAAAAGGCAGUAAGCGCGAUGUACUUGAUCGAAUACUGGAGGGAGAUUGGAGACAUGGGAUCACACUGUAUCAGUUAGCCAUGGCAGAUAUGCAAUAUCUAUACGAUCAUCCCACUUCACAGAAAUGGACCGCCUUGAAAGUCGUGCGGCUAAUAUCCUCAUCUCCUGACCAUGAGGUUUCGGAGGAAGAGAUAAAAGACACAGCAAUACCACGAUUUCAUCCCUCUACGUUUUUACAAAAUUUACAGAGGGAGAUUCUACCGGAUGUUAAAGCUCAUUACAAUCUCGAUCGGCACGCUACUUUACCGUUGUUACUUUUGAGGAUAUAUAUAAUGGAUUCGCCUUAUAAUACAUCGCUCGCGGUUUCAUCCGGAUCUACCAAACCGAGUAUGGCAUUCGAUUCUAACAAGACAUUCUACAUUGCUUUUCCGGACGCUUCGCCAUAUAUUUAUGUUUCAUUAAGUUCUGCUGCGGGGAGUGCGGGCGGGGCAACCGAUACGAAAAGUCUGCGGAAAUUGACAUUGGAUGGGAUUCCGAAGGCAUUCAGCAGACCGAUGGAGAGAUAUAAGUUAGAGGGCACCGGUUUUUCUACGAAAAAUCUAGAAGCACUGUGUGAGAAGAGGGGAGGAGGACGACACAAUGCGGCGGGAGGGGCAUGGGGAGUUUAUGCGGGAGAGAAUAAGAAGGACAAUCCAUUGAAUCCAUUAUUAUCCACAUUAGAAGAUAAUUCACCAAUCGAAGAAGACUCGGGGAGCGCCGAUAAGGAGAAGCGAAUACCGAAAAGCAUGAAAAGACCUAGGGAAGAAGAUGCUGCAGAAGUGGUAAAGAGACGAAAGAAUAUAGCCAAAGCCCGUUUUGGAAACUCGGCAAAACUCAACGAUGGGAAAGGUAUCGAAAGACUUGAUAUCCGUCUCGAAGACCCCUUUCCAACCCUCGCCUCCAUAACACCUGAAAUCGAAAAUGAAUCAGCAACUGAGCGACAACACCGGAAGAAUAAAGGACGCAGAAGUACUAUUGAAGCAGAGCUUGAUGGAUUGAACGAAGAGGAUUGCGAUGGAAGGACCGAAUCAGAAAGGGACGAAAGGGGAAGAGAUACAUGGAAACCAGAUAUUAGAAUAACAUUUCAUGGAAACCAUGUAUUUGCGGGAAUCAGAGAGUUAGUUGAAGCGGGAAUAGUGGAUGGAGAUAAAAUGCCGGGAUGGAUGACUGGGGAAGAGGGUGUUAGUUUAGGAGUUGUGAGGAAAGGGAGGGUCAGGGGAUUCAAGUGA